AUGUCGGUUCAAAAUGACACCAGAAGUGUUAUCACUGAAUUUGUUGUUGGUGGAUUCGACUCAGUACAAAGACCGCUGGCUGUUGGUGUUGUUCUUCUGAUGCUUUACACUCUUACUCUGAUUGCUAAUACUGCAAACAUUUGCUUUAUUGUGACGGAUAAACGUCUACACCAGCCUAUGUAUUUCUUCAUCUGCAACUUGGCAUUGACAGACAUCAUCUACUCUGAAGGGUCAACUUACAUCAUGUCAAUUCAAAAUGACUCCAGAAGUGUUAUCACUGAAUUUGUUUUUAGUGGAUUUGAUGCAGUACAAAGACCGCUGGCUGUUGGUGUUGUUCUUCUGAUGCUUUACACUCUUACUCUGAUUGCUAAUACUGCAAACAUUUGCUUUAUUGUGACGGAUAAACGUCUACACCAGCCUAUGUAUCUCUUCAUCUGCAACUUGGCAUUGACAGACAUGAUUCAAUGUACGAGUGCAUGUCCAACUAUGAUAGCUAUCCUUGUUGUUGGUUAUAAAACCAUUUCCUAUGUACCAUGCUUAAUCCAGAUGUAUGUUUUCAAUGUAGCUUUUUUAAAUGUGUUAUUUGCUAUUGCUGUGAUGGCAUUAGACAGGUUAACUGCUAUAAGCAGUCCUUUACGCUACCAUUCCAUUAUGACAAAUCUUCGAUGUAUUUUAAUUGUCAUUUUUUUUUGGCUGGUGUCAUUUGCACUUUCUAUAAUAUUGCCUGCUACUGUUGCACCUUUGCCAAUUUGCUACCGGACAAUAAGGUAUUUGUUUUGUGACUAUGCUGGUGUAAUAAGAGCUACUUGUGUAAAUCCUGAACCCUAUUUUAAUAUGGUUUCUAUUAUAGCAACUUUAAUAAUUUUCGGAACAUUUAGUUUGAUCUUUUUGUCUUAUCUUAAAAUCUGUAUUGUUGUUCUGAAAAUGCCCUCAGGAACCGAUAAGAAAAAAGCUUUGAAUACAUGCUUGACUCAUUUUAUAGUCAUAAUCUGCUUUUUUGCACCCUCAUUAACGCUAAUAGUUCUGACCAGAAUCGGUGUAGUUUUAACAAUGGAGGAACGAAAUGGGUUGAUGGUUGGGUCAAUUGUCGGCCCUUCCUUAGUGAAUCCUUUUAUUUAUAGUUUAAGAACACGGGAAAUCAGAAAUAAAUUCAUGAAAAUUGACUCAAAGAAUAAAAACUGGAAUUUCAAAUGA